GUGCGCGAGCGGAAGCCCAGCCACAGCCAGCCGAAGCAGCCGAAGAGAAGAGGGAAGGAGGGAGGGAGGGAGGCAAUGGGGGACUCGAGCGGGUCGGGUUCGGGUUCCGGGUCUGUGUCGGUGGACGUCGAGCGGAUUUCCUUCGGCGGCAAGGAGCAUCAAGUGAGGACGAGAUGCGGUUCAUUAUCCGUCGCGAUAUACGGAGACGAGGACAAGCCGGCGCUCAUCACGUACCCGGACAUCGCGUUGAACCACAUGUCCUGCUUCCAAGGAUUGCUGUUUUGCCCCGAGGUGGCGUCGCUGCUGCUCCACAAUUUCUGCAUAUACCACAUAAAUCCUCAGGGGCACGAGAUUUCAAUGCAGCUAGGAGCGGCUCCAAUUCCAUCCGAUGUGCCGGUGCCAUCUGUAGAGGAUCUCGCCGAUCAGGUUGCGGAUGUGCUCGAUUUCUUCGGAUUAGGAUCUGUGAUGUGCCUGGGUGUUACAGCUGGUGCCUAUGUCCUCACUCUGUUUGCAACGAAAUACCGGGAGAGGGUAAUAGGCUUGAUGUUGGUUUCCCCUCUAUGCAGAGCCCCAUCAUGGAGUGAAUGGUUGUAUAAUAAGCAUUUGAUGCACCAGGUAUUAUUAAAUUUGAUCUACUAUUACGGGACUCGAGGCUUGGUCAAGGAAUGCUUGCUUCAGCGGUACUUCAGCAAGAAAGUGUGUGGCAGUGGUCACUAUCUUGAAUCAGACAUUGUACAAGCUUGUAGAAAUUUGCUUGAUGAGAGGCAGGGUGAAAAUAUCUGGCGGUUUCUUCACUCGAUAAAUGAGAGGCAUGACUUAACAGAUGCAUUGAGGAAGCUGCAGUGUCGAACACUGAUUUUCGUAGGAGAAAACUCGCAAUUCCAUGAGGAUGCCAUCCACAUGACCACAAAGUUGGACAAGAGAUAUUGUGCUCUAGUUGAGGUUCAGGGUUGUGGCUCCCUUGUAACCGAGGAGCAGCCACAUGCUAUGCUGAUGCCGAUGGAGUACUUCCUCAUGGGAUACGGGCUUUACAGACCGUACCAGAUGAACAGCAGCCCUCGCAGUCCGCUAAGUCCAUGUUGUAUAUCACCGGAGUUGCUAUCUCCUGAGAGCAUGGGAGUGAAGCUGAAGCCGAUCAAGACUCGAAUAGCCGUGGAUUACUAACGCAGGCAAGAUUUCAGCAAUCAGAAUGAACUGCUUUGCUUACAGCUCAGAGAACUGAAGAUAGUCCUGGGCUGGUUGAAAUGUUACCGUAGAGACGCAAAGUUUGUUCAUGUGUUUGAGUAUGUACCCUGGCAAAAAAAGCCUCCUUUUGUUGUAUAUAUAGCCUUAUAAUCAGGAAAGUUCUACAUCAGUAAGACAGAAAAGAGGGAAAUCUGUAGUGGGGGAUGUGUUCAGGGUGGUUCUUUGUUCAAUUUGUUUUUGUAGUCAGCAGUCAGCAGCACAAAAAUGUACAUCUCGGAAUAGUUUUGGGACAGAUAAAUAAGAAUCAAUCACCCCAGGUUUCAGAUUUUUAA